UCCUCUUUCGUGGCCGUUAUUUGUUACCGCUUCGAGGGCGAGCGGAGCUCCAUAACUGGGGAACCACUAACCAGAGUCAGAGCGAUGGCCCAGACGCUGAUAGUGCGCCCGUACGUUUUCGCAGCCUCGUCGCGCGCGGCAAGGAGUCUCUUCCUCCGCCAAGCCCAGCCAACAAAACCCUUUGUCUCCGCCGUACUAUUCACUAGAGCGCACACCAAACUCCGAAGUCAUAGUAAAGAUGGUAUUGGAGAAGCUUAUGGUAAUGGAAGGUCAUCUGGGUUCGGGUUUCCGCCGGUGGGUGGUCGGUGCUUCAGCUCACCAGCCGCGCACGUGAACGAUGCUGGCUCCGUAGAAUCCCCGCUCAUGCAGUCCAUGGAGAAAAAGAUCAAGGAACAUCUAAAUGCAGAAUUAGUCACUGUAAAAGAUGCUUCUGGUGAUGGACGGCAUGUGAGCAUUGAUGUUGUCUCUUCAGCCUUUGAGGGACAGUCAGCUGUUAACAGGCAGAGGAUGGUGUAUAAAGCCAUCUGGGAGGAGCUUCAGAGCACAGUGCAUGCAGUUGACCAAAUGACUACCCGAACCCCCAACGAAGCAGCUUCUAAAAAGUGAUGAAGACUUGACAAAAAGCUAGUCUGAGGCCACUAGAUUCAUUUUAAUGGAUUUUCUGGUUGCAAUUCUUGGGAUAAAAGUAUGUGCCUCAGUUCUGUUGAAAUCACUAUCCAUUCUAUUAUCCGAACAGCUUGCUCUUGCCAGGAUUAAUUAUAUUUGUACUUGAUUUUUCUGUUUUA